AUGUCUGACGUUGCUGAGACCAAGCCCGACCCCACCACCGCCGCUCCUGAGGACCAGAAGCCCGAGACCACUACCGGCGAGGGUGAGAAGUCUGUUACCGAGUCUGCUACUGAGACCGCCAAGGAGGCUGUCGAAACUGCCAAGGAUGCCGCUGUGAAGACUUCUGACAGCGUCUUCUCCAUGUUCGGUGGCGGCCCCAAGAAGGAGAAGAAGGAGGAGACCGACGAUGCCAAUGAGCCCUCCGGCUCUUCCAAGGCCAAGAAGGCCGAUGACGAGGAGGAGACCGUCGAGGAGUCCCCUGACGUCCACUUCGAGCCCGUGAUCCACCUGACCGAGAAGGUCGAGACCAAGACCAACGAGGAGCUUGAGGAGCAGGCCUUCAAGAUGCGCGCCAAGCUCUUCAAGUUCGACAGCGAGUCCAAGGAGUGGAAGGAGCGUGGUACCGGUGACGUCCGUCUGCUCAAGCACAAGGAGAACCAGAAGACCCGUCUCGUCAUGCGCCGUGAUAAGACCUUGAAGGUCUGCGCCAACCACUACAUCGUCCCCGACAUGAAGCUCAGCGCCAACGUCGGCAGUGACCGCAGCUGGGUCUGGAACGCCGCCGCCGAUGUCUCCGAGGGUGAGCCCGAGGCCCAGACCCUCGCCAUCCGUUUCGCCAACAGCGAGAACGCCAACGCCUUCAAGGAGGCCUUCGAGAAGGCCCAGCAGGAGAACGAGAAGCUCUUUGCCGCCCAGGAGUAA